ACGGUGACGCCUUGCUCACCAUGUCAAAGUGGCUUUGUGUUGCAAGUGGCGUUGUUGUUGGCCUGCCUCGUGUUACAACACCAAGCGGGGCAGGUCGGUGGCAACGUUUUGACGUCGCUCAAAUCCAGCAAACGGUACUCUACUCAUCUUGGCCGCUUUUUUGUUGCUGCUGUCGCGGCCGCAUUCGCUGUUGCUGCCGCUUCAUAUUCGUAUUUGUGUUUUGCAUAAUUUUAAGAUUUUUGAUGAUUGUUUGGAACUGUUUAAAAACAGACUGACAUCGACGAAAAAUUAUCAAACCGCAAGUUGUUCCAUUCGAAUAAACACAUAGUGUAAACGGUAGUGUAGCCAAAUUCGAAAAACAGAAAUACAUACAUACGUACAGUAAAUAUUUUUACUGUCCUGUUCGACAUUAACCAACAACAACUACCUACCUAUAACAACAUGAAUUUGUAUCUCACCGCCACUUGUAUCCUGCUGCUGUCUGCCAGUGCAUUUGCCGACCCCAUUAAGGAUAAUAAUGUCAUCCCAGCGAAUAGUGGAUUUAAUAAGUGUUUAGAAGCAGAUUCUAUCUCGUGCCUGCAACUAACGCUCUUCCGCAAAGCGAAAUCCUUCUUCGAAAAUCCACAAAUCGAAAUCGUCGGCGGUGUUUCCCUCAUCAAAUCCAAUGAAGGACGUCAAGGCAAAUCAUUCGAUGACAAUGCCAUCGCCGUAGAGGCCGCACCCACCGUUGAGGCACGCACCAGCGAAAUGGGCACCUACUUCAUGAAUCACGCCAAGAACUUCUUCGCUGAACGCUCAUUGAACUUUAACUUCGCCAAUGCUGCACGCUCAGUGGCGCGUGCCAUUCCCGAUGACAUCAAGGCCGAUUUGCGUGAGUUGGUUGUUGAGUCGCGUACCAAGAAGAAGAAGCUGUUGAAAAAAUUCCUCCCCAUCCUGUUGGGUGUUGGCGCUAAGAUCGCCAUUUUGGCUGUUGGUGCCCUCUUUGGUUUGCUCUUCUUGGCCAAGAAGGCGCUCGUCGUUUCGGUUAUUGCUUUCUUCUUAGCCUUGGCUGCUGGUGCUUCAAGUGGUCUGAGCCGUUUGGGCGGCGGUGGCGGCGGCGGUGGUCUGCUCGGCGGUCUCGGUGGUCUGUUCGGUGGCAAGAACUCUGGAUCCGCAGCCAGCUCUGGUGGUUGGUCAUCGGGUGGUGGCGGCGGCGGCGGUUGGUCUUCAGGCAACUCUGGCUGGGACUCGCACGGCGCCUACAGUUCACCAGUUGCGCAAACAGUUGCCUACUCUGGCUACAAGCAAGCCCGACGAUAA